UUAAUCAUCGCCACCGUUGUUUUACAUUCAAUCUCAUCUUCUUCAACUCAACUCAACUCAACUACUAAAGUCCACCCAACGUUCAUGGCUUCCUUUCUCUUUACUCUAUUUCUCCUCCUCUCUCUUUUUCUCUUCACUUCAGCGAAUCUCCACAAUACCAAGGCCCUUCUUAACCACCCUGCAAAUCUUUACGAUUCACAACUCUUCACUCUCCCUCACAAUGACACCCCGCCAACUCGUUUCUUUGAAGUAACCAAGCCCGUCAAGCAUCCCAAAACGAAGCCUUGUUUGCAUCAAAUUCUCAGCCAUGACUUUGGUUACACAUACGGGAAACCCCCGGUUACAGCUGACUACACCCCUCCUACUAAUUGUUCUUCUCAGAAGUUCUCCACGAUCGUCCUCGAAUGGAACGCCACGUGUAAAGGAAGACAAUUUGACCGCAUUUUUGGGGUUUGGUUAGGUGGGAUUGAGCUUUUAAGGAGUUGUACGGCUGAGCCGAGGGCUACUGGGAUUGUUUGGAGUGUUAAGAAGGAUAUAACAAGGUACUAUUCGUUGCUUCUUAAGAAUGAAACUCAAACUUUAGCUGUUUUUUUGGGUAACCUUGUUGAUAAAACUUAUACUGGUGUGUAUCAUGUGGAUAUAAAUAUGUAUUUUUAUCCUGCUGAAGAGGGUUUUGGUAGGAACAAGUAUGUUGUGAAGCAUAAUUUGAAAUCUGGGUAUAGUCCUAAGGCUGAUUUGAUUUUGCCCAUCUCGCGGAAUUCACCGGGGAAUGAUGGGCUGUGGUUUGAGAUUGAGAAUUCAACUGAUACUCAGGUGAAGGAAUUCAAGAUUCCUCAAAAUGUGUAUAGGGCGGUCUUGGAGGUGUAUGUUUCUUUUCAUGAGAAUGAUGAAUUUUGGUAUGGAAAUCUUCCGAAUGAUUACAUUGCUGCAAAUAAUCUGACCGGUUAUGCUGGAAAUGGACCUUUUAGGGAGGUUGUGGUGAGUCUUGACGGUGAGGUUGUUGGUGCAGUUUGGCCUUUUACUGUGGUAUAUACAGGAGGGAUUAAUCCUCUCUUAUGGAGACCUAUUACAGGCAUUGGUUCAUUCAAUCUUCCUACUUAUGAUAUUGAAAUCACGCCCUUUCUGGGAAACAUAUUGGAUGGAAAGACUCAUAAGAUUGGGUUUAGUGUUACCAAUGCUUUAAAUGUGUGGUACAUAGAUGCUAAUUUGCAUCUUUGGUUGGACAGUGAGUACACAAAAAUUGAGGGGAAGCUUUUGAAACAUGAGACCACACCUCUCCAAGUUAAUUAUGUAUCAAAUUAUACAGGUUUAAAUGGAACAUUCUUAACUGAUGUAAACAGAUCCAUAUCCUCGACAGGUUGGGUUAACUCAUCUCAGGGAAUGAUUACAACCAAUUUCAUUCAAGAUCUUAGUUUCAGUAACUCAAUGGUCAUGGGCGAAAAUGCCAAUUUGCAGAUUGUGAAUCAAACAAUUCAUUUUAAUGACAGGGUUUCUGCCAACACAUCGUCUGCUAAGUUCCACUCCGCGAAAUCAUUUAAAAUGUUCUCCUUAUACUUUUAUUCAGACUCUUUGGAUCAAGGAAAUGGAAGUUAUUUAGAUGUUGCAAAUAUCAGUUUGGGAUUUAAUGUGAAGAAAUCUAAGAAGGCUGGCUUUGGAUUCUCCGGCAGCACUCUGAAUAACUUCCAGAAUGGACAGGGUGUCAUGGUUGUGAAGAACAACUUGGUAAGCAGUGGAGUAGGCAGCACACAGCAAUUGUACAACUAUGGUGGUAGGAAAUUUUGUUAUUUUAGGAACAUAAGCAGCUCAAACUACACCAUUCUUUAUGAUAAAUUUCGAAAAAAUUGCAAUACAGGAAUGGUGUCUCUGUUUGGUUUUGGGUUGGCAAAACUACCAGCUUCUGCCAGCUAGAAUGGUCCUGUAGUAUCUGAACAGUCUAAUGGUGAUUUGUGAGGAAGCAAAUUAAUUUUAAUCAUUGGAUCAUUUGUCAAUUUCUUAUAGAGAUGCCCCCUUUACUUGGGUUUUUGGAGGGGUACCUGAAUGUGGCUGCAACUAAUAAAAUUGUGUCUGGUGUUAUUUGUUAUGUACAAAUCAGCUUUGAGGAUAUUUUUAUAUUAACCUUUUCAGUUAUGUGCUUAAAUUUAAAAUCGGCUUUGUUUUUCCAAGAAUGAUAAAUUGAAUAUCAUGGAGGGAUUUGGGUGCGGUUGAUGUUUGA